UGCAAUGCAACCAGAAGAAUGGCAAAUAGUAGAAUCACCGCUUUCUUCUUCAUUUGAGAAAAAAUGAAGAAGGAGCCAACAGUCACUCUGAUAAUGAAGCAGAUACUAUUUAUGUCAAUCACGAUAUGAAUAAUGAGCCCAUAAUAUAUCAUCAAUCCUUGUAUAAAAAUAACAAUGAUGAUCCUAUACAUUCUGCGCUUUUCUUCCCACUAUUUAUCAUGUCUUCUGAUCCACCAUCAACAAGGGAAUCUGACGCUGAUAGAAAAGCAAGUUGGCAGAACAUAAAUAAAGGUCCAUCCUCCCCUUUCCUUUCAAACCCAAUAAAGGCCAUUAGUGAUUCAAAGGAAGGUCAUAAUUUGAAACAAUAUGAAGAAAACAUGAUGCGUCAACAACCAUCUACGGCUGGCUUUACGUUUGAUCCGACUCAAAUAUUUCAGAAAGCACCAGCUGUACAGACGAUCACUGACAAUAUCAGUCAACGUGCAGAACAGCAACAGACCUUUGCGUCGUUUAAACCAGCUACUUCACCCAUACCAAGUCCAUCGAGUAGUCGCCCUAUAAAAAACCCAAAGAGAAAACCAGCCAUCAUUUUAACAGAACAUAAGCAGCCAUCUAUAGACAUACAUCAGGAUGAUAGUAAUGAUGAUGACAAUGAUCAUAAUAACCCAUUGGCUGUCACUAAAGAAAUGUUGUCAAAUUGUAUCCGAGUAGCAGAACAAGAGUUCUUGGCGGGAAUCUAUUUAGAGAUUGAAAAGAACCAUGCGAUUAGUGAAUGCUACAAGUUAAAGUCUUUGAACCUGAAUAGACAAGGAAUAACAGCACUCAAUAACCUAGGCCUGUGUUUCCCAUAUCUUGAAAAGCUCAGAGUAUCACAUAAUGAACUAACCGAGUUACAUGAUUUACCCGACUCACUUUGUUAUCUCUAUGCGAAUAAUAACAGACUUACUUCAAUAGACUUGCAUAACCUCACAAGAUUACAACAACUUUAUUUAUCUUACAAUUAUCUUUCUCAGUUGGAAAACUUAUCAGAGUUAAAAUCAUUAAGGAUACUGGACCUUGGACAUAAUUUCAUCAGAUCAUACUCGCCGCUUGGAAAAUUAGAGGGGAUCGUCAGUCUAUCGUUAAAGUCAAAUGAUAUUCAUCGCCUGAACGAAUUCCAAGAUUUCAGUCAAUGCAAUAAUCUUGAGAUCUUGGAUUUAUCAUUCAACAGGAUCGAGCGUCUUGAAUCUAUCGAAUCUCUUACUAAACUAAGGGAAUUGAAUAUGGAUCACAACAAUGUCAAAAUAGUCAAUUUGAAUAGACCAAUGGAACGGCUUUGCAAACUCAAGCUUAGUUACAACAGAUUAAAGUCAUUUGAUAUAUCACUAUUUCCUGAUAUUAGACUACUUUAUCUAGACGACAACCAAAUCGAAAGAAUCAUGGGUGCUGCUUGCACAAAGAGAAUGGAUGCAUUCUCUCUCAGAGACCAAGGAAAGACUAAAGUUGAAAUGAAUAUACAGCAUUUACGUGGUAUAAGAAAGUUAUACCUAUCAGGAAGUCCUUUUAAAAGCUUACAUCAAAUGGUUGACUUUUACUCACUGGAGUACCUUGAGCUAUGUGCUGCAGAUAUAGAGGAGCUCCCUUCCCAGUUUAGUAAACAAGUGCCUAACCUUGGAACACUAUAUUUAAGCAUGAAUAGAAUUGCUGAUAUACGUCCGCUAAAGAAACUAAAGUACCUUAAAAAGUUGGUAUUGAUCGAUAAUCGACUUACAAGUUUAAAUGAAGUGCUUGGUGUUGUGAAGCAGAUGAAGAGACUAGCCUGUUUAGAUUUAAGACAAAACCCAAUGUGCACCAACUUUUAUCUUCCUUUAAAUCCACCCGCUGUAAAAUCACACUCGAUACAAAAUAAUGAUCAUCAGCUUGACGAGAUACCGAUUUCUCCCUAUAUUGCGGCCACACUAGAUAACGAAUGGGCUGCUGAUGACGAAGUAUUUGUGCAUUCAUUAAGCGAUCACUGGAAGACAAGGAGAGCUGUGUACCGAUCACUGUUCAUAUUAGAAUGUCCAAGGCUGAUCGAGCUAGAUCACAUACCUAUACAUUCCACUGAGCGAGAUCAGGCUCCUCGUAUUGUUCAACAAUAUUCCUUCAUCUCUCAAGGUCGCAGUGGUAGUAGUCAUGGUAGUGAUUACCUGGACAGCUCCGCUUUCCAUUAUUCGGUGUAAAUACCAUCUGUGAUUGGACACCGAGCAUUCGAAUUUAUGCAGAAUGUACUUGUACCUUUAUUAUAUUUCUUUUCUCUUUUUUUUUCUCUUAAUAAACUAUUAAUAUAUUAUUUUUCC